ACAAACAUCUUCAACCUACCAUAACACUGUUUGAUGUACGCCCACAAUCACCUGAUAAUAAUUAUGUUAAUAUGCUCAUCCAGCCACCUGGUGAUAUCACAAUUUAUCCCCGAUCCACUGCCCAAUAUUCCACUCAAAUGCACUCCAGAUAUGAAUAUUAAUGAAACAGGUAUAAAAGGUGCUGAGACCCGAGUUAUCAGCACACAGUUGUUUCUACCCUCAAGCAUCACACACCAGCCAAAGAACUGCCAUGAAGACCCAAACAGUGUUACUAGUCCUUGCCUGCCUAGGUCUUGUAUCAAUGGUGGCAUCCCAACAGAAGUACUGCGGCAGACGAUUGUCCGCAGCAUUGGACCUCCUCUGCGACGGUCACUUGAUCAAGAGAUCUGAGCCCCACACCAGCUUCGAGUCAAGAUGGCCGUGGAUAGAAGCGAGUAGAGCUCACAGCAUGGGCUACAGAAGAAAGAGGCAGGUCGUCUCCGAGUGCUGCGAGAAAGCUUGCACAAUCGAAGAGUUGCUAGGAUACUGUAACUUUUGAAAAUGCUCCCUAAUACCAAAUAAUACGUUUUAAGAUUGUGAACUUGACUGGAUUAGAAUAUUACCGUCAAUAUAUUUCUGGUG